UCGCUGGUAUCUGGAUUUGUUGGUCUCAGUUGUGUGUGUUGUUGUUGUUGUUCUUUGUGUCUUUGUCUAUAGUUCUAAGAUGGGACAGACGGUGACGACGCCCCUUAGCUUGACUCUUGACCACUGGACUGAAGUUAAAUCUAGGGCUCAUAAUUUGUUAGUUGAGGUUAGAAGGAGACCCUGGCAAAUGUUUUGUGCCUCUGAGUGGCCAACUUAUGAGGUCGGAUGGCCAUCAGAAGGAACCUUUAAUUCUGAGACUAUUCUGGCCGUUAAAGAUAUUAUUUUUCAGAGUGGACCAGGCUCCCAUCCCAACCAAGAGGCUUAUAUCCUCACCUGGAAGGAUUUGGUGGACAACCCCCCGCCGUAGGUCAGGCCGUGGCUGAAUAAACCCAGGAACUCAAGCUCCAGAGUCCUGACUCUUGAAAAUGAAAAAACCUCUCCUCCCCCUCGCAUCUACCCUGAGAUCGAGGAACCUCCUCCGGCUUGGCCGGAGACUCAGCCUGCCCCCCCCCCUUAUCUAGUCCCGGGAGCUGAGAGAGGGCCUCUCGCCCCUCCCGAAGCUCCACAAAUGGGAGGGCCAGCUGCAAGGACGCGGAGCCGGAGAGAUGCUACCCCGGAGGGAGCAAAUGGAAUUGUAACACUGCCGCUACGCGAGGCAGGUCCUCCCAUGCUGGGGGGCCAACUACAACCCCUCCAAUAUUGGCCUUUUUCCUCUGCAGAUCUUUAUAACUGGAAAGCUAACCACCCCCCUUUUUCAGAGGAACCCCAACGCCUCACGAGGCUGAUGGAAUCUCUUAUGUUUUCUCAUCAGCCCACCUGGGAUGAUUGCCAACAGCUGUUGCAGACUCUCUUCACAACCGAGGAACGAGAGAGAAUUUUAAUAGAGGCCAGAAAAAAUGUCCCUGGGGCCGAUGGGCGGCCCACGCAGCUGCAACAUGAGAUAGACAUGGGGUUCCCUCUGACUCGCCCUGUUUGGGACCACAAUACGGCUGAAGGUAGGGAAAACUUAAAAAUCUAUCGCCAGGCUCUGGUGGCGGGUCUUCGAGGUGCCUCCAGAAGGCCCACCAAUUUGGCGAAGGUAAGAGAGGUGAUGCAGGGGCCAACGGAGUCUCCCUCAGCGUUUCUUGAGAGGCUCAUGGAAGCAUUUAGGAGGUUCACACCCUUUGAUCCCACCUCUGAGAUUCAAAAAGGCUCAAUAACAUUAGCUUUCAUAGGACAGUCAGCUCCUGAUAUCAGAAAGAAACUUCAGAGAUUGGAGGGAUUACAGGAAGCUGACUUGCGUGACUUAGUAAAAGAGGCAGAAAAGGUAUAUUAUAAAAGGGAGACAGAAGAGGAAAAGGAACAAAGAAAAGAAAGAGAGAGAGAAGAACGUGAGGAGAGACGUGAAAAAGAGAGAGAAGAAAGGGAUAGGCGCAAUAGAAGACAAGAGAAAAAUCUGACCAGGAUCCUGGCCACAGUGGUAGAAAAAAAGGGAGAAAGGGAGAAAAAUUUUCAAAAGUUUAGGACAGGCCCUAGGCAGAUAGGGAACCUGGGCAACAGGACCCAACUUGAUAGAGAUCAAUGUGCCUAUUGCAAGGAGAAAGGACACUGGGCAAGAGACUGCCCUAAGAAGAACAGCAAAAGACCUAGGGUCCUAACCCUUGGAGAAGAUGAAGUCUAGGGAGGACGGGGCUCGGAGCCCCUCCCCGAGCCCAGGGUAACUCUGAAGGUGGAGGGGAAGCCAGUCAGAUUUCUCGUGGACACUGGGGCUGAACAUUCAGUGCUUUUGGAACCAAUGGGAGGGAUAAAAGAUUAAAAAUCCUGAUUUCUGGGUGCUACUGGACAACGGCAAUAUUCAUGGACUACCUGAAGAACCAUUGACCUGGGAGUGGGACGGGUAACCCACUCAUUCUUAGUCAUUCCUGAAUGUCCAGCGCCCCUCCUUGGAAGGGACUUAUUAACCAAGAUGGGUGUUCAAAUUUCUUUCAAAUCAGAAAAACCAGAAGUGUCUGCUGGAGGUCGACCCAUCACUGUGUUGACCCUCCAGCUAGAUGAUGAGUAUCGAUUAUACUCAUCCCCGGUAGAGCCUGAUCAAGACCUAAAGCCCUGGUUAGAACAAUUUCCCCAAGCCUGGGCAGAAACUGCGGGCAUGGGCUUGGCGAAACGAGUACCCCCACAGGUCAUUCAACUAAAAGCCAGUGCUACACCGGUAUCAGUCAAACAAUAUCCCAUGAGCCGAGAGGCCCGAGAAGGAAUUCGGCCCCAUAUCCUAAGACUGAUUCAACAAGGUAUUCUGGUAUCAGUUCAGUUCCCCUGGAACACUCCCUUACUGCCAGUUAGAAAACCCGGAACCAAUGAUUACCGCCCAGUACAGGAUUUGAGAGAAGUCAAUAAAAGAGUACAGGACAUACAUCCAACUGUCCCAUACCCUUACAACCUCCUUAGUGUUCUCCCACCAGAGUGGAUUUGGUAUACAGUGUUGGAUCUAAAAGAUGCUUUCUUCUGCCUAAGAUUAUAUUUGGACAGCCAACCUCUUUUUGCCUUUGAAUGGAGAGACCCAGACACAGGAAGGACUGGGCAGCUCAACUGGACCCGGUUGCCCCAGGGAUUCAAGAACUCCCCAGCCAUCUUUGAUGAAGCCCUACACAGGGACCUAGCCAAUUUUAGAGUUCAACACCCACAGGUAACCCUCCUUCAAUAUGUUGAUGACUUACUCCUGGCAGGAGCUACCCAACAGGACUGUCUAAAAGGUACAAAAGCAUUACUACUGGAGAUGACUGACCUUGGUUACCAAGCCUCGGCUAAGAAGGCCCAAAUAUGCAAAAGAGAGGUAACAUAUUUGGGGUACUCCUUGCAGGAUGGACAAAGUUGGUUGACAGAGGCACGAAAGAGGACUGUAGUACAAAUACCGCUCCCAACUAUGGCCAGACAAGUUAGAGAGUUCCUGGGGAUAGCUUGGUUCUGCAGACUAUGGAUCCCAGGGUUUGCAACCCUAGCAGCCCCCCUCUAUCCACUAAGUAAAGAGAAAGGAAAAUUCACUUGGACCUCUGAACACCAGGGGGCAUUUGAUGCCAUCAAGAAGGCACUAUUAAGUGAGCCUGCCCUAGCCCUCCCUGAUGUGACUAAACCAUUCACCCUUUAUGUAGAUGAGCAUAAGGGGAUAGCCCGGGGAGUCCUAACCCAAUCCUUAGGGCCAUGGAGAAGACCCAUUGCCUACCUAUCAAAGAAACUUGACCCUGUGGCUAGUGGAUGGCCUAUAUGUCUAAAAGCCAUAGCAGCAGUGUCCACGUUGAUUAAAGAUGCUGAUAAACUAACCCUAGGGCAGAAGAUAACUGUCAUUGCCCCCCAUGCCCUGGAGAGCAUUAUCCGGCAACCCCCAGACCGAUGGAUGACUAACGCCCGUAUGACUCACUACCAGAGCCUGCUCCUCACCGACAGGAUAACGUUUGCCUCUCCUGCAAUCCUCAACCCCACUACUCUUCUGCCUGAAGAAACUGAUGAGACAGUGACUCAUGACUGUCACCAACUGCUGGUUGAGGAAACUGGGAUCCGAAAGGAUCUCACAGAUGUCCCACUGACUGGAGGAACAUUAACCUGGUUCACGGAUGGAAGCAGUUACAUUGUAAAAGGUAAGAGGAUGGAUGGGGCGGCAAUAGUAGACGGGACACUAACAAUCUGGGCCAGCAGUCUGCCAGAAGGAACUUCAGCACCAAAAGCUGAGCUCAUAGCCCUCACACAGGCCUUACGACUAGCUGAAGGAAAGUCUGUGAACAUCUACACGGAUAGCAGGUAUGCUUUUGCUACUGCACAUGUACACGGGGCCAUCUACAAACAGAGAGGGCUACUUACUUCAGCAGGGAAAGAAAUUAAAAACAAAAAAGAAAUUCUAAGUUUGCUAGAAGCCCUACAUCUACCCAAAAGACUGGCCAUUAUACAUUGCCCUGGCCACCAAAAAGCCAAAGAUUUUAUCUCCAAAGGAAACCAGAUGGCUGACCAAGUGGCCAAGCAGGCUGCCCAGUGGGUCAACCUUCUGCCCAUAAUUGAGAAACCAAAGAACCAAAAAAGUGAGCAACGAUAUACCCCAAGUGACUGGCAAGAAGUCAGAAAGUUGGGCCAGUUCUCUGAAACUCCAGAAGGGGCCUGUUUUACCCCAGAGGGAAAAGAGAUUCUACCUCAAGCAAAGGGACUAGGGUACGUUCAACAAAUACACAGCCUGACCCAUCUGGGAGCCAAACAUCUACAAAAACUGCUGCAGACGUCUCCUUACCACAUUCUGAGGUUGCCAGAGAUAGCUGGCUUAGUAGUCAAGCAUUGUGUACCUUGCCAGAUGGUCAAUGCUAAUCCCUCAAGAAUGCCUCCUGGGAAGAGGCUAAGGGGAGACAGCCCAGGUGCUCACUGGGAAGUGGACUUCACCGAGGUAAAACCGGCUAAGUAUGGUAAUAAGUAUUUACUAGUUUUUGUAGACACUUUUUCAGGAUGGGUAGAGGCUUAUCCUACCAAGAAAGAAACCUCAACCGUGGUGGCUAAGAAAAUACUGGAAGAAAUUUUCCCAAGAUUUGGGAUACCCAAGGUAAUAGGAUCAGACAAUGGUCCAGCCUUUGUUGCCCAGGUAAGUCAGGGACUGGCCAAAGUAUUGGGGAUUGAUUAGAAAUUACAUUGUGCAUACAGACCCCAAAGCUCAGGACAGGUAAAAAGGAUGAAUAGAACCAUUAAAGAGACCCUCACUAAAUUGACCGCAGAGACUGGCGCUAAUGAUUGGAUAGCUCUCCUACCCUUUGUGCUCUUUAGGGUUAGAAACACACCUGGACAAUUUGGACUGACCCCCUAUGAAUUGCUAUAUGGGGGGCCUCCUCCACUGGCAGAAAUAACCUCUAUACAUAGUAUUGAUGUGCCACUUUCCCAGCCUUUGUUCUCUAGGCUCAAGGUGCUCGAGUGGGUGAGACAACGAGCGUGGAAGCAACUCCGGGAGGCUUACUCAGGAGAAGGAGACUUACAGGUCCCACAUCGCUUCCAGGUGGGAGAUUCGGUCUAUGUCAGACGUCACCGCGCAGGAAACUUUGAGACUCGGUGGAAGGGCCCCUACCUCGUCCUACUGACUACUCCAACGGCCGUGAAAGUUGAAGGAAUACCCGCCUGGAUCCAUGCAUCUCAUGUCAAGCCUGCUCCGCCACUGGGCCCCGAAUGGCAAGCCGAGAGGACAGACAAUCCCCUUAAACUCAGGCUUCACCGUGUGGCUUCUCCUUCUCCAGCUAGGUGAUGCCUCCAAUCCCCAUGCCCCCCAAAAAUUGACUUGGCAAGUGCUUUCUCAAACGGGGGAUAUAAUAUGGACUACAACUAAGGAAGCGCCUCCCUGGACUUGGUGGCCUGUCCUGACCCCAGACAUCUGUGCCCUGGUAGCUGGGAUAGAAUUUUGGGAUAUCCCAGAGCUCACCCCAGAGGAGGUCUCUA